GGUUUAGUUUGAAAGAGGAAGUUUAGCUGCUAUUACGUUGCACUCGCGGCUCGUUCUUUUCGCAGUUUUUUUUUACUGAGGCAUCAGUGGCGUAUUAUCGCUUCAAUUGAGCAAGUGAAGAUUCUAUCACAGCCUAUCCACCUCCGUCAAGGCCUCUGACAUCGCAAGGCCUUCGUGGAUGAAGAGAACUGCCAGAGUAACAUCAUUGAUUAUACAAAAUAUCUGCUUCCUUUAAUUUUUAUUAUAAGUAGAUUGAUUCAAUAAGACAGAUGAGCUCGUUUUACGACAGAAAAGACCCUAGUGAGUUAGGGCUGGAAGAGGAACUGAGUCAAGUAAACUGCCAAGAUGAGUUGGAGUUUGAUUACCUGUUUGAAUAUGAACCACCUUGCAACAACUUUCCCGGGGAAGAUCAAGCAGAUGAGCCAAAUCUCUCCUCACUGAGAGUCCUCAGUGUUGCAUCUCAUCUGGCAUACCCCUUGGAGGAGACUUCCCCCUACGACAUCAAGUGCAGCGAGCACAACCCAGAGAGCCUUUCUGGUUAUGAACACCUGGAGGCUAAAAACUACCUGGACCACACCAGGCCUGGGGGUAUCGCCCUGAGCCCCAGGAUCGAGAUCACUCCGUCACGUGAGCUCUACAGCCAUGGACGAGACUCCCUACAGAACCACCCUCUGAACAUCAGUCCCCGGCCCACUCUGACCGUCCCUGGCCACGACAGCCUGGUAUACCGAGAGCCCCAGUGCCUGAGCCCAGCCAGCAGCAACUCCUCCACCAGCUGGCACUCGGAGAGCUAUUCCCCCUGGGCCUCCCCUUGCGUGUCCCCAAGUAGUGGCCAGACCGGGGCCGGAGACCUCUGCCCCCGCUUCCAGAACAUCCACACCGUCCCCCGCACAUCCCCAGGCACUUCCCCCCAUACUGAGGAGGGCUGCCUCGGCCCCCGUUCGCCCUCCCCAUCCAUUAAGCCAGGAUCCCGCUCCACCUCGCCACAGGGCAAGCGCACCUACGACAUGUACAGGAAUCCCAGCCUGGUCACUGGGAUCCGUUCCCGCAGUCCCUCUCCACACGGGGGCCACGGGGAGCACUCCCAACAGAACGCAAGUGGCCAUUACGGGACCCCCAACAGUAUGGCUGAGGCCAUGGACGGCUACGGCACUGUCCAGCCUGGUCUGGUCCCCACCAAGGUAGUGAAGACGGCCAACCAGGCGUACGCCCUCUACCCAGAGAACCACAGGGAGGUCAACUACCUGGUGUCCUGUGAGCAAGACGUAAAGAGUAAAACUGGGGCGGAGUCCUUCUUUGUGAUCCCUCCCAUCUGGACCAAGCAGCUGGUCCCCAGCCUCUGCAGCAUCCCAUUUUCUUCUUUGCCCCCUCUGGAAUGGCCUGUCCCCAGCCAUACAGACCAGUACAAGCUCCAUGUUGACGUGCAGCCCAAGCCUCAUCACCGAGCCCACUAUGAGACAGAGGGGAGCAGGGGAGCGGUCAAAGCCCCCACUGGAGGUCAUCCUGUCGUCCAGUUGCAUGGCUACAGGGGUAAGGAGCCCCUAGGCCUUCAGAUCUUCAUCGGGACUGCAGACGACAGGAUCCUGAAGCCUCACGCCUUCUACCAGGUCCACCGCAUCACGGGCAAGACGGUCACCACCACCAGCUACGAGAAGAUGAUCAACUCCACCAAAGUUCUGGAGAUCCCUCUGGAGCCCAAGAACAACAUGAAAGCGAUAAUCGACUGUGCUGGGAUCCUGAAGCUCAGGAAUGCUGACAUUGAGCUAAGGAAGGGCGAGACGGACAUCGGACGGAAGAACACUCGUGUGCGCCUGGUGUUUCGUGUCCACAUACCCCAACCCAAUGGGCAACAUAUCUCACUGCAAGUUUCCUCCCAUCCAAUUGAGUGCUCCCAGCGGUCGGCCCAUGAGUUACCAAUGGUGGAGAAACAAGACAUGGAUCGCUGCUCUGUCCUGGGAGGUCAGCAGAUGAUCUUGACAGGACAGAACUUCAGCUCUGACUCCAAAGUCAUCUUUAUGGAAAAAACCCAUGAUGGACAGCAGAUUUGGGAGAUGGAGACAACAGUAGACAAAGAUAAAUGUCAGCCUAGUCUGCUGUUCGUUGAGAUCCCUUCCUAUCGUGACCCAUCUAUCUGCCAUCCUGCCAAAGUGAACUUCUAUGUUAUCAACGGGAAGAGGAAGCGCAGCCAGCCACAGCACUUCACAUUCACCCCGCUGGCAGUUCCCUCCAUUAAAACCGAGCCUGUGGAUGACUAUCCUUUCACCAUGCCCCAGAUCCUGGGUGUUUCCCCGCAGUCCUACUACCACCACAGUCCUGUGGGGAUCAUUCACCCAGACAACAGCCUGGUCUCCAGCAUGGCCUCAUGCCAGCAGGCCCGAUCCGGCCUCCCCACACCCGGCCCAGACCCCCGCUUCCAGCAACAGAGCCCAGCCAUUGUGUACACCCGCGGGGGCAAGAGUCUGAGCGGCAGCCCCGAAGUGCUCUACCAGCAGACUGGAGGGAUGGGGAUGAUGCCCGACCCACACCGCUCUGUCUUGGUCCACACAGGCUCCCCAGUCCAGCAGCAACACAGAGGGGGCCAGGGCCAACACCCCUCCAUAAUUCAGUUCUCCCCCACCAACCAACAUCUGCUCAGGGGAGGCGACCCUCCACCUCUCCAGCCUGACAACCAGCAGCAUAUCAUCUACUGUGAUGGCUUCCCUCAGCAGGCUGGAGCCCAAGCUCACUCCCCUGUCCCGGCCCACUCCCCCCAGCAUUACCCCACCACGGUGAUCCAGCAACAGCCCUACGUGCCCAAGGUGGUGCCUAAGGGCAGGUCUUCCCCUGGAGGGAUGGAAGCCCAGAGAUGCGCCCCUGGAGAGGAGCAGAGAGCCAGCCUCCCUGGAGGACAGGUCACGGUCAAGGAGGAGAACCUGGAUCAGAUGUACCUUGAUGACGUAAACGAGAUCAUAAGGAAGGAUCUGACCGGCGUGCAGGCCAGAGGUCAGACAUAGACGACAGAAAACAGGAAGUGGACAGCUGCAGCUCACUCUUCGUCGCCAUGAGAACCUCUUCUUCUUCUUCCCUGUGUGCCCAUCUCCAUAUCAACCCUACAGUAUAUCAACCCCAGCCACCAGCAGUUUGGCUGCUCUGCCCGUUUCCUUCAAAUAACUGUUUCUCAGCUAAAAUAUUCUCUGCCUUUUACUCAACGCCAAAGAAUGUUCUGCCAAAGACAAUUUUCUUAGUUUUCAGGCCUAAAAGAAACUAGAUUGUGCCUUGUUUUAUUACUAGUUAGGUUUAUCGGAUUCAAAUGGAUGUUUUUCUGUACAAUAAAUAAGAGAGGGUGAAAAUUCCUAAACAAGUCACAAUCAUGGCAGUCGCUGUAACAUUACUGGUUGUUAAACCAAUAUGCAGUGGUGGAAAAAGUCCCCAAUUGUCAUACUUGAGUAAAAGUAAAGAUACUGUACGUUAAUAGAAAAUGACUUAAGUAAAAGUGAAAGUCACCCAGUAAAAUACUACUUGAGUAAAAGUAAAAAUGAUUUAGUUUUAAAUACAGUAUCAAAAGUAAAUGUAAUUGCUAAAAUAUACUUCAGUACCAAAAAUAAAAGUGUAAAUAAUCAUUUUAAAAUCCUUAUGUUUAGCAAUAGAGAUAUAACAAUUUUCUUGUUUUUUAUUUUAUUUACGGAUAUCCAGACAUAAUUUACAAAAGAAGCAUGUGUUUUUAGUGAGUCUCUUUACAAGUAUGUGAAUUGGACCAUUUUCCUGUCCUGUUAAGCAUUCAAAAUGUAACGAGUACUUUUGGGUGUCUUGGAAAAUGUAUGUAAUUAAAAGUACAUUAUUUUCUUUAGAAAUGUGGUGAAGUAAAAGUCAGUUGUCAAAAAUAUAAAAAGUAAAGUACCGAUACCCACCAAAAACUACUGAAGUAGUACUUUAAAGUAUGUUUAUUUAAGUACUUUGCACCGCUGCCUAUAUGCAAACCUUUAAAAUCAUUUUAACUCUCUUACCCAUCGGGUUGACGAUUCUACCAAUGACACCAUUCAUAAAAUAUGCCAACAUGUCAACAUUUCACUGUGAUAUGUGUAUUAUUUUAUACAAUUUGAGCUUACUUUGAUCAUCUCAUCUCGCUACUCUAAAGGAGACGAACACUGACAUGCUAAUAACCAAAUAAAUAUUGUCUUGUAAUUUCACCUCUCCAUAUUUUUUAUUUUCUUGUCUACAUGUUUUUGUGUUCUAUGUUGUUAUGUACCAAUUCGGCACAACACAUGAAGUUCCCUCCCAGGAAAUCAUUUGAACGUUAUAUGCACUGUUUAGUAGGGGAAUAUUUGUGUAUGUAUAUUCUUACAUGGUGUGUUGUCUUUAUUCCAUAGUUUAUAUGUUUUCCUCUUGUGUUUGGGUCAUGUGAUGAACUUAAUGUAACUAAAAUGUUUAUUACAGUAUAAGCAGUGGAUUGGCCAGAUGCCUCAUCUGGGCCGGUGAUGAUACUGCUUAGAGAAAAGUAUUUCAUCUUUCUCAAUGAAUUAUUGGAUAUUGAAUUAGUCUCAAAAGGCUUAUAUUCAAAGAAUGAUAUGCUAAAUCCUUACACAGGUAAAGAUCAGGGGGAAAUGCAAUUACAAAAUUAGCAGGUUCUGAAGAUGUCUAAGCAGGCAAUGUUUUGAGUGUUGCAUGUCUACAAUGCAUCUGAAUACAUUCAGGUCUUAAAGGGAUAGUCUUUCUAUGCUUGCCAAUGAGUGCCCAAUUUAUUAGCAGCCUAUAUGAUUGUAACAUUUAUCCAAAUUUGUUGCAUGUUUGGUUGCAACAGAGCAAAAUGUUAAUAAUAUGUGUAUAACAUAUAUUACAGCCUACCUAUUACUAUUUUGUGUAAUUAAUAUAAUUUUGAGUUUUUCCAUAAUGACAAUGAACAACAUGCUAUAUAUGCAGUGCUAAUAAGUGUCUGCCUAUACAAUAACAUCACAGGUAUUCUUACCUGCACUGUACAUACUGUGCCUUACAUUUCUAAGAUGAGCUAUGCUUUCCUUGUUCAGUGUCACUGUCAUUAUACGCGUAUUUGAUGUACAUUCAAACAUGAAAAGGCUUUUUGGAGCAAAAUGAUUGGUGUUGCAUAAUAAUCUAUAUGAUUUACUGCAUGUAUAUAGCCUAGCAAGUGCUCAAAGUGCUGUUAUUAUUAUAAGAAGGGAUAGCUGACAUUGCAGAAAGUAGGUGUUUUGUUACAUAUCAAAUAAAAUAUGUUCAAUGUCUUAAGCAGAUCCCCCUCCUCCCCAAAAAACACUUUACAAAUAGUUUAAAAAGUUAAUGCCUGACCAUUGCCAAGUCAUAUGCCAUUGCUAUGAUUGUACAAAGAUUUAAUGAUCCAGACUGAAUCUGCCUAUGUCAUUUUGACUAAUUUCAUAUGAUAUAUUUUAUAUUAGUUUUUAUGUGCUAUGAAAAGAUAUAGAUAGUAAUAGUUAAUAGCUAAUAUAUCUGACUUUUUUAAUUGAGCCAUUCUCUCAAUGUACAGCAAACAGUAUGUUUGAAAUAUCCUGAAUGUAAACUUUAUAGCUUUCCCCUCCCUUAACUGUAAAUAGAUAAUUGCUUACAACUGUAUAAAUGGUUCUGGUAGUCCUCUUUUUUUAUUGGUAGUUAUAGGGUAUAGUAGAAAAGUAUGUUUUAUGAACUGCAUCAGUUGUUUUCUGGCUUUCUCAUUAUGUUUGUUAACCCAGUGUUUUAGUAAUGAGCCAUAUAUAGCUGUCAAAACGUUUAUAUUAAAAGUGAUGUUGAAAUUAGAGAAACAGAUUAUAUUUUAGUUUCAGAUGUCUUACAAGGUUUAUAAGCAAAGCUGUGCAUCUUGAAUGAACACAGUCAUAUUCCCCAUAGUCUUUAUGCUGCUUGACGAUCCGUAUUGUACGUUUUCUGUUCUAUAUCAGAUGUAUGUUUCCUUAACACUGUGGCAUUUUCAUCUCUAUUUUUCCAGGCAAAACUUGCAUUUUUAAACUAGCAAUGAAUCAUAAACAAAGAAUUCUACA